CGCUCUUUCGCAGAUAAUGAGUUGUCACUUUGCUAACGAACGUCAACCACUCAGUGUAGUGUAAUGGUACUGUAGAUAAAUAAUUAUUAGCAAAACAACAAAGUAUAUUUGCUAGUGCUAGCAGAAAUUAACGAACAAAAAUUGGAAACACGCGCCUCACAGAAAGACAAAAUCAGUUUCUAUUUCUUUGAUCUCGUAAAUUAAGUGCUGAUUGGUAGAAAUGUCGGAACGAAAUCCGAAGAUGACCUACGUGGAAAUCAUGCAGCUGCUGGCUGCAUAUCGACGGAACGAGUGUCUAUGGAAUCAUGCUCACAGUAAUUACAGGAAUCAAGCCGUAAGAAAUGAAGCAUUUACGAAUAUUUCUAUCGAAAUGGACAUUAUUUCGAUCGAGGAGGUUAAGCGGAGGAUAAAAAUCCUUCGUGAUACGUACAACAUCGAGAAAAAUAAAAUGAGAAAAUCACGACUUGCUGGACCGAGGCCAGGUGGUUAUUACACCACUAAAAUUCCAUGGUUCAAAGCAGCGGACGACUUUCUUUCCAAGUGCGAUGGAAAGCAAAGCAACCCGAACACUGACUCAGAUGCUCCUUGCAAGUCUGAGCAGUCCAGUCAACAGAGUGAUCGGGUUUCCUCUCCAGAAUUAGAGCAACAGGAUUCGCCUGAUCCCUUGUGGCAGUACGGAGAGGCAAAUGUUGGAGCAAAUGAGUCGCAAUCUAGCUGCUCAAGUGCAGGUAGAAAGCAUUUGUUCGAAUCAACGCCGUCUACGAUACCCACACCGAUGAAGAAAGUCUUUCGUCCUGCGAAUCAGUCGUCGUAUGCGAAUGGGAACAGCUGGAGCACAGAGCGAAGAAGUUUACACACGGAACUGAUUCAGAGUAAGCGAGCAGGCGUCACAUCGUCAGUAGCGGAUCCCAUUCAGGAUGAGUUUCUGUACUUUGGACUGAACUUGGCGGCGCAACUUGGGGAACUACCUAAACUGCGAGCCCUCAUGCUACAGGAGAAGAUUCAAACAUUGGUUUCGCAAGAGCGAAUAGAGUUCGAAAUGAGCCAGCAGGGGCUGGCUGAUGGUGAAACUGUGAAUGGCCACCAGCAAUAAUUUUACAAACAUCCUUCGGACAUUCCCGGUUGGGUUUAAUUUGAACUUCGGAACUGAAUGAAGUCCACUAAUCGAAAAUAUGAAUAAAGAGUAAUAACGAAUAAAUAAUAAACAAUAAAAUAAUAGCUAUUUCUGUUGUAAGAAUGCAAA